AACGACAACACGAGAAAUAGUGCUUCAAGCUCCAGCUCCACUUCUGUGUCUGUCUCGGUCGCCGCCCUGUCUCCCUCGUCCUCCUCCGACCCACCCACCGUCUGUGGCCACCACCCGCUAGCAGCCACCUGCUCACGCAUCCCAAUUUUUGGCCCGUUUGGCACGCCCCGCACAACGUCCUCCCGGCCGGCGUCCCGGUGGUGAGGUGACCUGAAAGGGGUGGUUGUCGUUGUCGAGGACGUUGCUGUGGCCGUCAGUUAUGGAGAUGGACGAAGACAAAAAGACCUUGUACGUGGGCAAUCUGGACCCGAGCGUAACCGAAGAGCUGAUCAUGGCCUUGUUUGGCUCUAUCGGGCCCGUCAAAGGCUGCAAGAUCAUCCGGGAACCCACCGGCAACGACCCCUACUGCUUCGUGGAGUUCGUCAAUCACGGUGCGGCCAUGGCCGCGCUCACGGCUAUGAACCGACGAAUCUGCCUGAACCGCGAGCUCAAAGUCAACUGGGCCUCGUCGCCGGGCUCGCACGCCCAUGCGCCCCAGCCCCUCAAGCCCGACACGUCCAAUCAUCACCAUAUAUUCGUGGGCGACCUUAGUCCCGAGGUCGAGACAGAGGCCUUGCGUCACGCCUUCGCUCCCUUUGGCGAGAUAUCCGACUGCAAGGUCAUCAAAGACUUGGCCACCAAUUGGAGUCGGGGCUACGGUUUCGUAUCGUUUGUGCGGAAGGUCGAUGCCAUGGCUGCCAUGGAGGCCAUGAAUGGCACGUGGCUGGGUAGUCGGGCAAUUCGGACCAAUUGGGCUGAACGGAAACCGCCCCCGCCCACCCACAAACCGCAAGAAGAGCGAGCCCCCAAGGCGUUGAAGUAUGACGAAGUGUUUCAGCAAGCCUCCGAGGUCAAUUGUACUGUGUAUUGCGGUGGUAUCACCAAUGCUGAUGAGCUCACGAUACGGCGAGCCUUCUCGCCGUUUGGCCGCAUCUUGGAGAUCCGUUAUUUUAAGGACAAAGGAUAUGCCUUUGUCCGAUUCGACAGCAAGGAGUCGGCUUGUAACGCUAUCGUAGCAAUGCACGGUCAGGACAUUUGCGGUCAGGCCGUCAAGUGCUCAUGGGGUAAAGAGGGUGGAGGUGCGUCCAGUGGGGGCGGUAACGGGGGUCCGCCCGCCGGCUAUUACGACCAUCCCUCGGCCGGGGGGGGAUAUCCGUCCAUGGGACCCCCGGGGGGUGACGCAUACAAUUACCAGUACUAUCCCCAGGCGCAUUAUGGCGGGGCCGGCUUUGGCGCCCCACCGUCACAGCAUUUCAUGCCACCGGGUCCGAUGGGCGCCAAUCCUUACUACCCACCCGCCGCUUACCCCUAUGGAGGUCAGUACGGGCCACCUCCCACUCAAAUGUAAAGAACGUAUUCCGGGUCCCUAGUGAUGCGUUUAAAUCGACUAUGAUUGUUAUCGACGAGAUGCGAUGAGUUAUCCACCUGAUGAUCGGAUCGCGCAUGCAUGGUUGUCUGUGGGGGAAACACUCCGAACUGAACUCGCAUCCCAGCCAUCAACCCGACACCGCCAGAACAAAUUAAAAACUGAACCUCAUUCAAUGCCGGCGUGCUACUUCCUCAAAAUAUAGAUUAUUGGCUGUUAUUGCGAGCAGCCAUCGGCGAUCA